AGGACUCCGGGCUCUGUAGGAAUUCCCCGGACGCGAGGUUCUGGCGGCGCCUGCAGCGGUGCACUACCUUGGGACAGAGACCGGGAUCUAAGCCAGGAAGUCAGGCACGGCUGAGGGUCUCGUGGUGACAUGGGAACAAAAGGUUCUCGGGAUAUCUAGCACCCAGGUUACUCGGCGGCCGUUAUGACCUCCCGGUUACGUGCGUUGGGUGGAAGAAUUAACAAUACCCGAACCUCUGAAUUGCCCAAAGAGAAAACUCGAUCCGAGGUCAUCUGCAGCAUACGGUUUUUAGAUGGCUUGGUACAGACCUUUAAAGUUAACAAACAAGAUUUGGGCCAGUCGCUUCUGGAUAUGGCCUAUGGCCACCUGGGUGUGACGGAGAAGGAAUACUUCGGCUUGCAACAUGGCGACGACCCAGUGGACUCUCCUAGAUGGCUUGAGGCAAGCAAACCCCUCAGGAAGCAGCUGAAAGGAGGUUUUCCCUGUACCCUGCAUUUUCGAGUAAGAUAUUUUAUACCUGAUCCCAACACACUGCAGCAGGAGCAAACCAGGCAUCUAUAUUUCUUACAACUGAAGAUGGAUGUUUGCGAAGGAAGGUUAACCUGCCCUCUCAACUCAGCGGUGGUUCUAGCCUCGUACGCAGUACAAUCUCAUUUUGGAGACUUUAAUUCUUCAAUACAUCAUCCAGGCUAUCUUGCCGACAGCCAGUUCAUACCAGAUCAAAAUGAUGACUUUUUAAGCAAGGUGGAGUCACUCCAUGAACAGCACAGUGGGCUAAAGCAGUCGGAAGCCGAAUCUUGCUACAUCAACAUAGCUCGAACCCUUGACUUCUACGGAGUGGAGCUUCAUGGAGGCAGAGAUCUGCACAACCUAGAUCUAAUGAUCGGGAUUGCGUCUGCAGGCAUUGCAGUCUACCGAAAAUACAUUUGCACAAGUUUCUACCCUUGGGUGAACAUACUCAAAAUUUCUUUCAAAAGGAAAAAGUUCUUCAUACACCAGCGGCAAAAACAGGCUGAAUCCAGGGAACAUAUCGUGGCCUUCAACAUGCUGAAUUACCGAUCUUGCAAAAACUUGUGGAAAUCCUGCGUCGAACACCAUUCGUUCUUUCAGGCAAAAAAGUUACUACCUCAGGAAAAGAAUGUUCUCUCUCAGUACUGGACUCUAGGCUCCAGGAACCCCAAAAAGUCUGUAAAUAACCAAUAUUGCAAAAAGGUGAUUGGAGGGAUGGUGUGGAACCCAGUCAUGAGGAGGUCCUUAUCAGUGGAACGGCUGGAAACCAAGAGCCUGCCUUCCCGGUCCCCUCCCAUCACCCCCAACUGGCGAAGUCCUCGGCUCCGGCAUGAAAUCCGCAAGCCCCGCCAUUCCUCCGCGGACAACCUGGCCAAUGAGAUGACCUACAUCACAGAAACCGAGGAUGUGUUCUAUACCUACAAGGGACCCCUGUCCCCCAAAGACAGCGACUCUGAAGUCUCCCAGAACCACAGCCCACACCGGGAGAGUUUGUCCGAAAACAACCCAGCCCAAAGCUGCCUGACCCAGAAGUCAUCCAGUUCUGUGUCUCCAUCUUCGAAUGCUCCAGGCUCCUGCUCUCCAGAUGGAGUUGACCAGCGGUUCUUAGAAGACUACCACAAGGUGACCAAAGGGGGGUUCGUCGAGGACGCCAGCCAGUACUACUGUGAUAAGAGUGACGAUGGAGAUGGCUACCUAGUCCUGAUCCGGAUCACACCAGAUGAAGAGGGAAGAUUUGGCUUUAACCUUAAGGGAGGAGUGGAUCAAAAGAUGCCGCUCGUGGUCUCGAGGAUAAACCCAGAGUCACCUGCAGAUACCUGCAUGCCUAAGCUGAAUGAGGGGGAUCAGAUCGUGUUGAUCAAUGGCCGGGACAUCUCAGAGCACACUCAUGACCAGGUGGUGAUGUUCAUCAAAGCAAGCCGGGAGUCCCACUCGAGAGAACUGGCCCUGGUGAUCAGGAGAAAAGCUGUGCGCUCGCUGGCGGAGAUCAGAUCAGAAGAUGAGCUGAGUCAGCUUUUCCCAGAAGCCAUGUUUCCUGCAUGUCCUGAGGGUGGGGACAGUCUGGAGGGAUCCAUGGAGCUGCUGAAGAAAGGUCUGGAAAGCGGUACAGUGUUGAUCCAGUUUGAGCAACUCUACAGAAAGAAGCCCGGCUUAGCCGUCUCAUUUGCAAAGCUGCCUCAGAAUUUGGAUAAAAACCGAUACAAAGAUGUGUUGCCUUAUGAUACCACGCGGGUAUUAUUGCAGGGAAAUGAAGAUUACAUUAAUGCCAGUUAUGUGAACAUGGAGAUGCCCGCUGCUAACCUUGUGAACAAGUACAUUGCCACUCAGGGACCGCUGCCAAACACCUGUGCACAGUUUUGGCAAGUUGUCUGGGAUCAGAAGUUGUCUCUUGUUGUCAUGCUGACGACUCUCACCGAGCGAGGGCGGACCAAAUGUCACCAGUACUGGCCGGAUCCCCCUGACAUCAUGGACCAUGGCAUCUUUCACAUCCAGUGUCAGACAGAGGACUGUACCAUUGCUUACGUGUCCCGAGAAAUGCUAGUUACAAACACGGAGACCGGGGAAGAACACACAGUGACCCAUCUCCAGUAUGUGGCGUGGCCUGACCACGGCGUACCUGAUGACUCAUCAGACUUCCUGGAGUUUGUGAAGUAUGUGAGGUCCCUGAGGGUCGACGGUGAGCCUGCCCUCGUUCACUGCAGUGCUGGAAUAGGUCGGACAGGUGUUUUAGUCACUAUGGAAACAGCCAUGUGCUUAAUUGAGAGGAACCUGCCUGUUUACCCACUGGAUAUUGUCCGGAAAAUGAGAGACCAGCGCGCGAUGAUGGUGCAGACGUCAAGCCAAUACAAGUUUGUGUGUGAAGCGAUCCUUCGAGUGUACGAAGAAGGCUUAGUCCAGAGGCUGGAUCCCAGUUAGGACAACUGUGAAGUGGUCGUUCCUCCUUCCCUAGGGCGACUUCCUGAAGAAGGGGGCACACAUUCCCCUGGAGGCCCCCCCAGAGAUGCUGGUCACUGUGGGAAAGGGAUGAGCUUAUCUGAACCCAGGCACUUUAAAUUUCUGUGGAAAAGAUACCCUGUACAUAAGGACUGAUGGUGUAGAUAUGCAUGCAGCUAUGACUCCUUUGGCCCAGAGAGAAGCAACAGGGGAUCUCCAGUUGGGAACUGUGUUUCUCCCUACAUAUCACCGUCCCCUGUCAUCCAUCCUUGAGCAAUGAGAGGGGACACCAGCAGUGUCCUCCCGCCAGAAGCCAGACAAUGUGGCUACUUGUGGUUGCUCAGGUGUUUUGUGUGUUGUUCUGUGUGGGAUUCCAAGGGCUGAACUUCCUUGGCAAUUCCUGUCCAUUACCCCUGACACCAAGGGAAACUCGGAUGAAUGUACCACAGGCAGGGCACAAGGGACUUCAGGCUGGAGGAUGAACAGGAUCUAUUCUGCCCGCCCUCCCUCCCUCCCUCCCUCCCUCCGCCUCAUCUCUACCCCUUCUGCAAUCCAAAGCACCCCAUUUCCCCCACCCCAAAUUCCUUUUCUUCAGGAUCACGCCCAGUGCCUGAACCAGCUUCAUGAUGUAUGUUCAGGUGAAUUCUCUGCCGAGACUGGGAACUAGGCUCUGCAUAAGGCUGAGUCUCAGCUUCGGAAGCAGGCGAGCCUCUGCUCACUCCUUGUAUACUCGGACGCCAUGACUGGAUUCGCCGACUACUGAAUCUCUGGAUUGCUGCUACUUCAAGCUCUCACACUUGAAACAAGACAAUUUUCUUGGGGGGUGGGGGAUGAUAGCAUCCAAAUAUUCAGAAUUUUGGACCCUUCUUAGAAAUGACCUUCUAGUAAGUGACCAUGAGAAACACUGCUUCUCAAUCAAGGGUGGUGUGUGUGUGUGUGUCCGUCUGUCAUUGUGUCUCUGUGUGUAUGUGUGUGUCUGUGGGUGGCUGACUUUCUCAGGAUUCCUAACUUGAUUCAAAUUACUGUUGAGUUUAUGUAAAGAAUUCAUCUCUGUACAGAAGAACAAGUGUGUUGUUCAUUCACCCUAGGUUACAAUGGUCUCCAUUUCAUUUCAGAGGAGAGAAUCAGACUAACUGAAUAUAAACACAAUUUGAUGUUAAUUUAUUCUAAGUACUCUGGGAUUUUGAUUGUCCUAAAGAAUUCUGCUCUGUGAAUACCAUGUUAUUUUUUUUUUUUAAUUUGUGGCAGGAUUGUAGCGAAUUACUAUUUAAGGAAAAUAAAUUACAUGAAUGCUCUAAGGUGGUAUUUUUAAAUAGCUGUUUUUAUGUAUCGAAAAGAAAGUCAGCAAGUUUCUUAAUGGUAUUAUAGGAAAAGGAUACUUUGAUGUUAUAAUGUAUGUAGAUGAAGCUACAUAGAUACUUAGCAGAUACUGGACCAAUUAAAGCAUUUCCUAGUUGCAAGAUGGGUAAGGACCUGUACAAAGGACCUCAGGUUUUUGAAGGUUCUUUAUCUGCAGGCUCAGUUUAUCUGUCUACUUCCCUCCCCCCUGUCUUUUACCCACAAACAUCUUAGUAGUGCUCAAUGAUGUGAGUGAGAAAGGCACUGCUCAGUGCCCUGUAUACUGAGAAAGUGGAAUUUGGUUCUGUACUGCUCAACACCAGGUAGCCCUCAUAGGAACCUGGGAUCGAUCUGUGCCUCUCUUUCCGUCUGUGUGAAAUAAUGAAAAACAACACUUGGAAUUUGAGGACAGAAUUAGAUCACACUAUGGAAACUAAUUUCCAGCUUCUGGAAUACAUAAACCAAUGCCACUGAAGAACUAGGAAGGCUGGCUUCUUUUGUUGGCCCCAAGCAUAUCAGACAAGUGGAACCCACCAGGUUUUCAUAGAGCAGUGUUGUAGAGGGAAAAGCACAGAGCACCGAUACCUUUAUUCAAGCUGGGUUCUGAGAACGCUCUCAGUAAAGCCCCAAGAAGAGGAGGAGGAGAGAGUACUGGGUGCAUUUCAGUGGCACUAGGCUGUUUAACAGACGACCGUUGUUUGAUAGCAAUGUUUAUCACUGCCCUGUGUGCAAAGCACUUGCAGAAUCUAAAUGUCCUUGGAGACUGUUUUAUUAUUUUUCUGAAAACACGUUGAGUGUGGUCACGAAAAUGCUGCUGUUACACUUAUGUAAUAUUCUGUGAAGCUUGAAAAAGCUGCAGCUGGCCUCUCUCUGCCAUUGUAUGGGGCCAGCACUUCAGACACAGUGGUAGUUGCCAGAAACAGAGUCCGUGGGAUCUUGAGAAGGACAUGAAAAUGACCCCAAAGAGUAGAGUGCCCAAGUGAACUGGGUCAAUAUUACCAAUUUAAAAAACCAAAGUUCUGAGCUCUUGUUUUCCUGCAUCUCCCAUAUCCACAGUUGCUUUUGAGAAGCUAUGUUUCAUCCUAAGAAUUGCAUCAGACUCAGGGUAAAUAUUUUGCCUGGGAAAUUUGGCUGGUUGUGAAUGGGGAAGAUAUUUAUAUCCUACAUUCCAGCACCUUCCCAAAGAACAGAUUAGACACCCCAGUGUACUUCCUUCAUCCGGUGGGUUCCCUGCUGGUACCACUCUCCAGAAUCCAUACAUGGUGUGUUGAUUUUCCAGAGAGAACAAUUAAGUGAAGUUUGUUGAGGGGUAGGGGGCAGGAUGGAUGGCUCUCAAACGUGUAGCGGUACUUUUAGUUUCCUCCCGGGGUCCCAUGGGACUUAAAUAUGUUCUGAUGCUUGUGUAGAUUCUCUUAUUGCUGUGUUCAUGGUUGGCCCUCUCCCCCUCCCCUCUGCACGCCUUUAUCCUUAAAAAUUACCAUUUGGGGGGGGUGCAGUAAAUUGCCUCUUCAUCCUCCCAAGGCAACAAAGAGGAGGCAUCAGGGAAAAAUGGGUGAGACUUAGUCCAGACCCCGGCUUUGCCCUCAGCCAGUUUGUUUAUGUUGGAAAGCACUGGUGACUGGUGGGACUAGAUGAACUCACAGUUAGAUUUCAGGGAAACAAAAUUUAACCUUAACCAAGUCUGAAGGGCUGACACAGAGAAACACCCGGUCUGUGACUUGUCCCCAAGGGGUUGGUUGUCUCAGUCCUUAUCACUGUGGAAUUACAAAGAUAAAUAUUACCACCCUCCUGGUUCUUACCUGUCAUCCUAGAGUAGACCUAGAAAAGACAGCCAAGUUCCUUGUGACCUCAGCCUGAGCAAUCAAACCUCGAAGACUGAUGAUAGCUAACGUCGAUUUCUUGAUAGCUCUCGUACCACCGGAGCAACCACAGGAUUGUGUGCUAAGCCAUAUUUUGUAAAGUUAUCUUUAGUCGAUCAGCAAUAUGUUUUCCUGUAAAUUUGGAAUGUUUUCUCAUCCUGACUUGUUGUCGGAACUCUACUGAAAAACAACCUGAUCAAUAUAAAAGCGUUCAAGCUAUGCAACACUG